CUGCCAGUGUCGCUCGUCGCCUGGCACUUCCGCUCGUUCAGCACCACAUUCAUUCGCUUUAUCAGUAAAAAGAAUCCAUACCCUCUUCAUCUUCGACAAUGUUCGCCCGCUCAGCAUCUGCCAUUUUCGCCCUCACGUACCUCGCACAGUCCGCCCUCGGGACCGUCUACGUGAACUCCCCCGUGAGCGGCGACACCUGGGCCGCCGGCCAGAACUGGACCGUCUCCUGGCUGGACGACGGCAACAAGCCCUCGCUCGCCGACUUCGGCGACGCUGAGGUCGCCAUCUACGUCGGAACUGAGACCGCGCAGACCUCCGUCCAGACGAUUGUCGCCAGCGUCAACGUCGCCUCGACCGCUUCAAUCGUGUUCACGCCUGACCCUGCCGCAGGGCCCGACGGCGAGUAUUAUUUCAUCCGCUUCCAGUCGCUCUCUGCCAAGGACCCGAACAACACCGCCUACCCUGCCGAGGCGUUCUCCGCGCUCUUCACGCUGACCGACAUGACCGGCACCUUCUCCACCGCCAUCUGGGACCAGAUUAACGGCACCACGCCCGCGUCCUCCAGCGUCGCCUCCUCCUCAAACGGCCCCACCUCCACCUCCAUCGGCUCAGCGAGCUCAGUGGGCUCUGUGGGCUCUUCUGCCCCUGCGUCCACAGCGUCUGGGAUGGUGAAGAGCUCCAGCGGCAGCGAGUCGUCCGUCGCGACCUCGAGCUCGAGCUCGAGCUCUAGCUCGAGCGAGCCGUCGACUACAGCGGUGGGCCAGAGCAGCACCUCGGGCUCGAGUACGAGCGGCGCCGCGGGCAUGCACGUCGGCAACGGGCUCAUGAUGGGCGCACUGGGUAUGCUCGCCGCAGCAGUCCUCCUUUAAAUGUGCAAAAACCUGGGAUCGUUUGUUCAGUGUUACGUUAUCUGGGUUGCUGUCUGUUCGUCGAUUCGUAAUUCCUAGUUCAGUGUGUCAACUGGUUCCCCUUGUCCUUCGUCUUCCACAGAUCACGCUAUAACCAGCAAGCUCCAUGUACAGUACACCUCACGCGCGUAUACCCGCAUGCGCUGUACCCGGUAGCCUCUCAUGCUGAGUCCUGACGCACGAUGCACGUACGAGCACUAGUGAUGUUGACGGCUGGCAAUACAUACCUAAUCAUUUCGUC